AUGAAUAUAUUUUGUAAAGAUUGCAUUUCUAGAUAGGCAGACAUAUAAUAGGCAACAAUUAAUAUAUUUUGCUCACUCUCUCAAUUAAAAGAUGUUUCGAAAUAACUUCAUCAAUAACAUGCAAAAAAAAUGAAAUAAUGUUAAAUCCUAAUACGAAAUGAGAUAUAAAUAAAAAACUUAGGGUUUCUGAAAGAGUAAAAGAAAUUAAUAUAAACAAGUUAGAAAAAAGCAUGCAAAGUUGAUAAUACUAAAGUGGAAGAAAUUUGAAAAAGCAAAAUAGUCAUAUGAUUGUGGAACUUAGUAAGACUUAGACAAUUCUAUCAACAAUUUGAACAAAAGUAUAAUUUAUUUUGUGAAAUUUAUUUUAGCUGGAGCUGAAGAAGAAAUGUUUUUUAGUAAUUAUCCUAUUUUGAAAAAUCCAGAGGAUCUGGAUGAUUAAAAUGGCAAAAAAAUAAUGAAAUCAUCAGUUGUUUCUGAUGCGUCUGAGCUAUUGUAGACACCAUUUGCCAAUUAAUUAGAUAAAUUUAAUAGGUUGGAAGAAGCAUUACAAUAUUAUGAUUUAGUUAUUUAGUAAAAUACUAACAAUUCAAACUACUUUUAUAAUAAAGGUAACGCAAUUCCAAUCUUCACUUAGCAUGUACUUUAGGCAAAAUGAAUAGAUUUGAAGAAGCAUUAGAAAAUUUUGAUAUAGCCAUUUAGAAAGACCCUGAAAAUUCAGAAUAUUACUAUGACAAAGGUAUCAAUAAUUUGAAAUCUUUUCAAAGCAUAUACUUUAGAUAAAAUGAAUAGAUUUGAGGAAGCACUUGAAUGUUAUGAUUAAGCUAUUCAAAGUAACCCUGAAAUUUCUCACUAUUAUAAUAAUAAAGGUAUCAAUUUCGCCUAAUUUGUGUAGCUUUAACAUUAGUGAAAAUGGAUAGAUUUAAGGAAGCUUUAGAAUAAUUUGAAUUAUCUAUAAAUACAAACCCAAAAAUCUCAGUUUACUACAAAAACAAAGGUAUCAAAAGUAGAAACAAACUUUUAGCCCAUACAUUAGAAAAAAUGAAUAGAUUUGAAGAAGCGUUAAACAAUUAUGAUUCAGCUAUUUAGAAUAACCCUGAAAAUUCAGAUUACUAUUAUAACAAAGGUAAAAUAAUUUCAAAUCUUUAUAAAGCAUAUACUUUAGAUAAAAUGAAUAGAUUUGAAGAAGCAUUAGAAUAUUUUGAUUCAGCUAUCCAGAAAAACCCAGAAGAUACAGUAUAUUACAAUGAUAAAGGUAAAAAUGAAUCCACAUUAUUAAAAAGCAUACACAUUAGUUAAAAUGAAUAGAUUUGAAGAGGCCUUAAAAAAUAUUGAUUCAGCCAUUCAAAAUAGCCUUUAUGCCUCUGACUGUUAUAAUAACAAAGGUAGAAUUUAUGCAGUAUUUGACUUAGCUUAUACUUUAAUGAAAAUGAAUAGAUUCGAAGAAGCUUUAUAAUAUUAUAGUUUGGCUAUUGAGUAAAAUCCUAAAAAUUCAAACUAUUAUUUUAACAAAGGUAUAGUUAACUUAGAUUGCAAAUUAGCUAUGACACUAGAAUAAAUGAAUAGAUUUGAAGAAGCAUUAUAAAAUUAUGAUUCAGCUAUUAAAUAAAAUUCUAGCAAUUCAGACUAUUUUUAUAAUAAAGGUAAUAAUUCGUUAUCUUUUCUAAGCAUGCACUUUAGAGAAAAUGAAUAGAUUUGAAGAAGCUUUAGAAAAUUAUGAUUUAGCUAUUUAGAAAAACCCAGAUGAUUCAGUUUAUUACAAUAACAAAGGUAUUAAAAAUUUAAUCGAAUUUUAGCUCAUACAUUAGAAAAAAUGAAUCGAUUUGAAGAAGCUUUAGAAAAUUAUGAUUCAGCUAUCUAGAAUAAUCCUGAAAAUUCUUUUUAUUAUAAUAACAAAGGUAUAUGUAGUUGAGAUAUUUAUCAGCUAUUACUUUAAAACAGAUGAAUAGAUUUGAAGAAGCUUUAGACUACUAUGACUCAGCGAUUUAAUAAAACCCUAAGAAUUUAGACUAUUAUUAUAACAAAGGUUAAUAAUUUAAUAUGAUUAUUUCCAAUAGCUAUUACGUUAGUUUAGAUGAAUCGAUAAGAAGAGGCAAUGACAUCUUAUAAUUCAUCAAUUUACAAUAACUCUGAAAAUGUAAAUCAAGACAAGAACAGAAUAGAACAAAUGUUUUUUGAACCUAAUUGA